GCGAUGUCAAGGGUUGUUUUCUGCCGGCUGACACAGUUCGACUUGAAUCUUCGCGCUGUCUGUUAUGUAGUUGUUCAAUAUUUUAACUCGUGUCUUCGUCAAAAAAAAAAAAAUGUUAUUUUAUAAAAUUGAAUACAAAUUUUGAUUGUUAAAAUUGUCAAGUUUUUUAUAAUAGAAAUUAUAAAGUGACAUAAUAAUGGCAUUGCAUAAUGCAUAAUGGUGAAAAAGGGACGAAUUAUUUUUUUAAUACAAUCGACGAUAAGGAAUGACAAUUGUGACUUAGGAAGAAAAGAAAACGAUUGGCGAAAAAUGGAUUAUCUGGUACACUAUAAUUCUCAAUUGAGAAAAUUUACUUAAAGAGAGAUGUCAUUAUGAGAGCCUCAUCAAUCGUUGGAGUAGGCAAAACAUAUCGUGGGGCUCUCUCGAGAACGUUGGUCCUUGUGUUUUUAGCGACAUUUCUAUGGCUUCAAAUUCACGUCAUCAAUCUCACAACUCGUGACUGGUCCAGCCAAACAUCAUCUAAUGAAACUCUUUAUUCACUAGUACCCCAAGAAUUACACAGGUUUUUAAAGGAGAGACAAAAUGCAACGGCAAUAACGGCAAAUGCAACAUUGGGAAUAUUGACUAAAAAUGAAAUAAACGAAAUUCGUCGUCACAUUGAAAAAAUAAAUGCCGAGCAGAGAGUCAUUAAUGAAGAAGCAUUUGGUCCAUUGGCUUCGGAUUCACCUGUGAUUGUCGUUCAAGUGCACACGCGAUUGACGUACUUGAGACAUUUAAUUGUAUCCUUAGCACAGGCCAAAGAUAUUGAACAGACUCUAAUUGUCUUUAGUCACGAUGUUUGGGAUCCGGAUAUUAAUUAUCUUGUGCAAAGCGUCGAUUUUUGUCGUGUAAUGCAAAUAUUCUAUCCGCACAGUAUUCAAACGCAUCCGCGCACUUUUCCUGGCGAAGAUUCACAUGAUUGUCCAAGAAACAUUCGAAAAGAGCAAGCAUUACUACUAAAAUGUACCAACGCGCAGCAUCCAGAUCUGUACGGCCACUACAGAGAGGCAAAAUUCACUCAAACCAAACAUCACUGGUGGUGGAAGGCAAAUCGUGUUUUCGAUCAAUUGGAAGUAUUGAAAAAUCACACAGGAAUGGUUCUUUUUCUCGAGGAAGAUCACUACGUGGCCGAGGAUUUUCUUCAUGUUCUUAAACUAAUGGAACGCACCAGUAAACAUAGUUGCGAACGUUGUAACGUUCUUUCUUUGGGCACAUAUCUGAAAACCUACAAUUACUACGCCGACUUCAGUCGUAAACAUCUGGGUAUCAACGCUGCAAUGCAAAAGGAGCUUCUUCGUGGAAUAAAGAAGCGCGAGUCACCGUCAAUCAACUUGCCCACCACCUAUCACAACGCACAGUCGGCACUUGCUGCUCCCAACUGGGCUUAUCAUCUUUUGCCCAGCCUCUACAAUCAUUAUCAAAAGGCGGAAGUGACACCGUGGAUAUCGAGUAAACACAAUAUGGGAAUGGCAUUUAAUCGUGUGACAUGGAACAAACUGAGAAAAUGUGCCAGUCAAUUUUGCUCGUACGACGAUUAUAAUUGGGAUUGGAGUCUUCAACAUGUGGCUCAAAGCUGUCUUCCACCGAGUAAAGGCGCCGGUACUAUUCCUAGGGUUGAAUCCGGCUUAAUUGCCAUGAUGAUGCGAGCUCCUCGAGUCUUUCACAUUGGAGAAUGUGGAGUUCAUCACAAAAAGACAAAUUGCGAAUCGACAGCAGUGAUAGCAAAAGUUCGUAAUGUGCUGAAAUCGUCUCGAAAUCAUUUGUAUCCGACUAAACUCACAUUGACAGUUGCAGGAGUGGCAAAGAAGACUAAAUUAAAAAAAGGUAAUGGUGGUUGGGGAGAUAUUCGAGAUCACGAAUUAUGUCUCAAUAUCACUCUAAACACUGAUCUCCUCUUAAUUUAAAUUCAGUGAAUAGAUAUUUAAAAAAAUUUUUUAAUUUCCCUCAGAUCUUAUCAAAAACAAAAAAGAAAAGAUUAUUAUACUCUCGUAAAAAGUUUUGAGCAGGGCUCAACAUUAUUUUUUUCCUGAAACUUUUCUUUCAUAUUUUUUCAGAAAGGUUUCAGUAUCUAUUUUUUUAUACUGAAAACUUUUCAGUAAUUUCAGUAAUUAUAAAAGAAAAGAAAAAUUGAAGGGUUUUGAAGAUAAUAAUAGUUUUUUAACUUUUUCACCUAUUUUAAUUCAUUUGUGUAAAAUAUCUUAAGAUUUUUCUAUGUAGGUUGUUAUUUAAUUUAUACUCGCAUUUGUUAUAAGAAUUUCUAUAAAUGUAAAUGCAAAAUAUUGCUAUGUAUAUGUAAAUUGGUUAGACCCUUCACUUUUUUUUCUCCAUUUUUUUCUUUUUUUUAACUUUAAGGCGCACAUGAAACAUACUUUUUUCGUGCUCAAAUAUUUCCUUCCACUAAAUGCGUGUUGGAAAAUGUUAAAAUAUAUAUAAUUAUAUAAACGUGUGAAAGAACUGAUAUAAAUUAUUAUGGAUCAAUUAUUGCAAUUGAUAAAAUAAUAUUAACGUAAAUUCGUCCCUACACUACAGCUCUAGCUUUUUACAAAGAAAAACAAAUAUUAAUGGGCUACUUGACAAAGAAAUUUUUAGUUUUUAACUAAUAUAUUACAAAUAUUCAUUCAAAAUUUAAAUGUCGUAAAUGACACAUGAAUAUGCUCAAUUUUUCAGUAGUUUAAAAUUUGUUUAAUAAUAAAUUGCUUGUAGGGUAAUAAAUUAUUUUAUUGAUAUAAAAAUUUUUCAAUUAGGCCAUAGUAUGUGAACUGGUGAAAGAUAUUUCAAGAUUACAGUAAAAUUUAUCAAUUUAAAAAACUUUUUUUUUAUUGAAGUAAAGAAUUUUAAACGUAAUAUUUUUCACCAGGAAUGUGAUUUGUGUGAAACAAAAUUUGUACGUUGAUUGGUUUCUCUUUUGUGUGAGUUGAAUAUAAUUCCAAAAUAUUUUUUUACUCAACUAAUAGUCUAUCUCCUUAUGAAUAUUCAGAGAAAUUGAUUCGAGUAAAUUUUUUUGAAAUAGAUACAAAAUAUUUUAUUUCAAUAAGACUUUUAUUUGAACCAAAAAAAAUUUCAAUGAAAGAAAAUUUUCAUUUUUACCGAAUAGAAUUUAUUUUUUACAAAUAAAUUACAAUCCUACUCUUUCUCUGAAUUGUCAUAUAAUUCACAAAAUUGGAGUAUUCAAUUUUCUGUAUAAAUUCUCUUUUUGCACGCCCGUUUCUUUCUAGUCAUUAUACUUUUAAAAAAUGAAAUAUCGUUAAGAGGUGUUUGAUAUCAAUUCCGCCAUAUAAUGUACAUAUAAUAUAUAUUAAAUUAAAAAACUAGAUAUUCUAAAAAAAAUUAUUUGUUGAGAUUGCAUUCGAAGUAACGUUAUAUAGAAAAAUUUAAGUUUUCGUAUUGAAAAGAGAAAAAACAAAAUACUCAAAGUUUUUUUACAUUAUUAUAAAACACUUAUAAAUAUCAGCUGCAGUAGAAUCGGUGUAAUUUUCGAAAAAAAAUACUUUCUCAUUAAAAAGAGGCUUCUAAGUAAUAAAUAUAUUUUACAAAAUUAAUAUACCAAAUAGCAAAAUAUUACGCAAUUAAUUUAACAAAUAUAUAUUGUUAUAUAUAAAUGUUAGCAAAUGUUAAUUUUAACACGAAAAAAAUAAAACGCUGAUAGUUUAAUAUAAAUGUUCUAUAAUCAUUACUAUAAUGACAAAAAUAUCAAUAUCGAAAAAAAUUUAUUUUCUACUUUAUAUAUAUAGAAAGAAAAAUUGAAACAUGAUGCAUAUGUUAUACAUAAUAUAAUAAAUUAAUAUUAUAUUACAUAUAUAUGCAAAUAUGUGCGUAUAGAAAAUGGAGAAUGAGUGUUUUUCUAAAAUAUCUAUGUUUUUUGUAAGAAAUUUUAUCAUUGACGAUUGUUUGAAUUAUUCUAAGAGUGUGUGUAUAGAAAUCAUGUAAUUUAUCACGUAAAAUAUUAACUUUGACUGUUAAUAUUUCAUUAAGUAAUAUGGUGAUAUUCAUUGCGAUAGCGUAACAAAAAAAUAAGUGUUUUAUAUCAAAAUAAAAGUGAAUGUUCCUCAAUUA